UCCCUCACAAGCCACAGGCCCAGUCUACAGCCUAUUUUGCUUCUUUCACUCAUUCUUUUUCUUUCGUGUUGGCCGUCACAAUGCAAACCCUUCACCGCCUCAUUUCCGCCGCCAGACGAACUGCCUCCGCCUCCGACCUCCUCAUCAACCACGAAACCCGUCGCAUUCGAUCCCUCCCUUCCAGAGCCUUAUCAUCUGGGGGCAACCCCUUCGACGAAGAUGACCUAGGCUGGGACUCCCCCUCCUCCACCACCACUUGGUCCACCGGCAUCACCAAGGACCACUUCAACGGCGAAUCCACCGCCCCUCCCACCACGUCCGUUCCCUCACUCUCCGAUGAACAAUCAAAAACCCUCUCCGAUAUGCAGGAAAUCGAUGACUUUGAUAGGGAGCUGGAUUCUGAGAACAGGAAGAGCAAGAUUUUCUUGGAUGGGUGGAAGGACAGGAUGAUGGAGACUGCCGCUCUCCUUAAGCAGGUCCAGGAGCCUGGCGCCAGGGGAUCCUACCUCAAAGAUUCCGAGAAGGCUGAAAUGUACCGCUUGCAUAAGCAGAAUCCUGAGGUUUACACUGUAGAGAAGCUUGCUAAAGAUUACAGGGUUAUGAGGCAGAGGGUCCAUGCUAUCCUUUGGCUCAAGGAGCUUGAGGAGGAGGAGGAGAAGAAGCUUGGCAGGCCCCUUGAUGACUCUGUUGAGCAACUGCUCGAUUCCUUUCCCGAGUUCUUUAAUUCCCAUGAUAGGGAGUUCCAUGUUGCAUCCCUUCCUUACAAACCUGACUUCAAGGUAAUGCCUGAGGGAUGGGAUGGCAUUACGAAGGAUUUGGAUGAAGUUCAUUAUGAAAUCUCCAAAAAGGAAGAUGAAAUGCUCUAUCGAGAAUUUGUUGAGAAGAUGAACUUCAACAAAAAGAAAAUGGCUGGAGAGGUGAGGUGCCACAGGUAUAGUCGAAGACGCCCUUCAGAUGGAUGGACUUUUACUGUAGAGAAAAUGGGACCCCGCGGGAAGCGUGGAGGUGGUGGUGGCUGGAAAUUUGCUAGCAUGCCUGAUGGCUCAACUCGGCCACUGAACGAGAUGGAGAAGAUGUAUGUGAAGCGAGAGACUCCGCGCAGACGAAAGAGGAUCCUUCCUUGAUUAUUUGAUCCUUAUGUUUUGAACGACUAGCUGUUAAACCUAGAAUUUUGUAAUUUGUAGUCCUAUGCAUCCAAUGGCAUGGGACAUAGGGGAUGUAUUGUUAGUUGUUGCCAAUUCUCUCUUUACAUGUGAGUUAUUAUCAUUUUUUAAUAAGCUGAUUCAAGGGCUUCCUUUUCUUCCUCGCACUAUGCUGCUUAAUUUCUUUUUAACAAUGAUGUUGGCAUCCUUUUGCUAUUUAUCUAUUUUAGAAAGGGUAAAUAUCAAUGGCUGAAAAUUAACAAGGUGUAUUUACAGUUGUUUGCAUAUGUUGAUUUGCUGGAGAAAGAUGGACUAUACGAUCCCACUCAGAUUCGAAUUAGGCACUCAUGAGGCAUACACCAAGUCCAUAUUAUCUGAAGGCAAAUUCUGUGGUGCCUAUAAUUUUGGUGCUGAAAUUGCCGAACUUGCCUUUUAUGAUGAUCUCGUCACACCUAAAGGUCUCAAUUCUCAAGGAUACUUGUGAUGGUCACAUUUCUUAGGUUGUGCUUGUCUAUAGGCAAAGAACUUUGUGAUAGGAAUGUAGAGACAUAAAAUUAUGCUUUGCAGAUGAGAUAUGAACACAAAGAUUAUGUUUUAAGAUACUAAUUUAAUGUAUUUUGUAUCAUUUUUUAUAAAAAAGGCAAAGACU